GGUUCACAGUUUCAGACAAGAUCGAGGCAGUGGCUGCAGGCCUCUGUGGUCGAUGCUGUAUGCUGCCAUGGCUCUCAAGGUUGCUAGAUAGAGAGACAGGCAUACAUGUUGCUGCUGCUGCUCAUCGUCAACUUGCCAAGCAACUAUAGCUGCUGCUGCUGGCAAAGGAAGAGAUAGCUAGCUAUUAGGUAGAGCUAGCUAGUGGUCUAGGGAGCUAGGAGAGGUAGCCAUGGGGAGACCUCCGUGCUGCGACAAUGGCGGCGUCGGCGUGAAGAAGGGGCCAUGGACGCCGGAGGAGGACAUCAUCCUCGUCUCCUACAUCCAGCAGCACGGGCCCGGGAACUGGCGCUCCGUGCCGGAGAACACCGGGUUGAUGAGGUGCAGCAAGAGCUGCAGGCUGCGGUGGACGAACUACCUGAGGCCGGGGAUCAAGCGUGGCAACUUCACCCCUCAUGAGGAAGGGAUCAUCAUCCACCUCCAGGCAUUGCUUGGCAACAAGUGGGCAGCAAUAGCCUCCUACCUCCCCCAAAGAACAGACAAUGACAUCAAGAACUACUGGAACACACACCUCAAGAAGAAGGUGAAGAGGCUGCAACAACAACAGCAACCACAGACUGAUCACCACCACUCCUUCCACACCACAAACUCCAAUGCAGCAGCAGCAGCAGCAACCAGCUGCCCAAAUUACUACAACCCUAGCAGCAGCAGCAGCAGCAGCACUCACAUCCAUAGCAGCCAUGAAUCCAUGCAAUCCAUGGAGCCCUACCCCAGCAAUGAGGCCACCACCAACACCAUUCCCAAGCUCUUCCAGUUCCAGACAUGGAUGAAGCCAUCUCCAGCAUCAGCAUCAGCAGCUAACUACAAUGGCGCGAUGGCCAUGCAGGAGUUCCAAGACGACCAGGAGGUUGCUGCUGCUGCUGCAAUGGCUUCAUCCAUUGAUGCCUGCAAGGAUCACACGUGCGCUGUGAUCGGCGACGACAAGUCGUCGUCGUUGGAGAUGAUGAUGGCGGCGAAGAUGGGCCACGGCGAGGCGGAUGGUGGCCGGACGUCGUCGCCGGCCGGUGCCGCUGCUGCGACGACGAUGACCUUCUCUCUGCUGGAGAACUGGCUGCUCGACGACAUGCCGGGGCAGACCAUGAGCGCCAUGGAUGGUUUCUUGGAGAUCUCUGCUGGCUACUGCUGUGCAGAUCCUAUCAUGUUCUGAACCUUCUGAGCUUCUCAGAAUUCUGAUUUCCUAUGGGUCUUUGCUUAAUUAGGUUUCUUAAUUAAUCUCGCUGAGUUUGCACUUGUAAUAGCUGUUUGAUCCUCGAUCUUGUGUUUCCGGUAAUAAACCGUUGGUUAAUUUCCUCAAGGAAAGAAAACAAUCAACCUGGAAAUAAUCCAGUUGAUUUGGAGAAAGUGUCAGUUCUCAAGGAUAUAAUAAAGGGUACUCUACUACUCUUGAUUGCCUGAUU